GUUUCCGGUUCCUACUCGAUUUUCGUGGCCCGUAAGAAACUAUGCCCUGUCAUCUUAUAAACGAACGAAUUGCUUUUCGCAGUUCUCCAGUUUCCAGAUUCAGAGUUCUACCUCGCCGAGCCUCUCAUUCGUCUCUCCAUUUCUGUUGAUCUCGUCGGCCUGAGGGAAAAUGAGUAUCGGACCUGGUCUUUACUCCAGUAUUGGCAGGAAGGCCAAAGAUCUGCUAACGAAGGACUAUGUAUCGGAUCAGAAGCUAUCUAUAUCGACCAUUAGUGACAGCGGCGUGGCCCUAACAUCAACUGCUGUAAAAAAAGGAGCUCUCUCAACCGGAGAUGUGGCAGCACAAUACCGAUAUAACAAUGCUAUAGUUGACGUCAAAGUUGAUACAGAGUCAAACAUCUCAACAACUCUGACUGUUGCAAACAUUCUGCCAUCAACCAAGGCCAUUGCCUCUCUGAAAUUUCCUGAUUAUAAUUCUGGAAAGCUGGAGUUCGAGUAUUUCCACCACCAUGCGACCCUUGCAGCAGCUGUGUCUGCACCAAAACAGUCACCCAAUGUGGAUCUUUCUGUUACAUUUGGCACUUCAACCUUUGCUGUAGGUGCUGAAGCUGGUUAUGAAACCUCUUCUGGCAAACUGACCAAGUACAGCGCUGGUAUCAGUGUAACAGGACCCGAUUCUUGUGCUGCCUUAAUCUUGUGAGUUAAUAAUGACCGAUAAUGCAUCAGUGCUGUCCAUAGUCACAUGGAUCGCGGUACGUUCCGGAACGUGGCACGAAAACGGGAUCGCGGAUCGCGGAUAUCUAAAAUCCGAUACGUAGGGGGGUAGGCUUCUUCGGUACGCUAUUUCGGUACGCGGGGGGACAAGGGUGACUCGAUAAAAGCUUCUUAUACUCACCAUCCAUAUGCAUCUAAGAAGGCUGCUGUGGUGGGGGAGAUCUUGAGAAGGUUUUCUACUAAUGAAAACACAAUCACAGUUGGUGGGUCGUGUGCUAUUGAUGAGCUGACAAAUGUGAAGUUGAAGCUGAACAAUCAAGGGCAACUGGGCGCUGUCUUACAGCAUGAGGUUUUUCCGAAGUCGAUUUUGAGUAUCUCAAGUGAGUUGGACACCAAGGCCUUGGAGAAAACUCCCAGGUUCGGUGUUGCCCUUGCGCUCAAGCCUUGAGAUUAUUAGUAUUUUUGAAGCUACAUCCUUAUCAAUUCACUGAACAAAUUUUUUCUCAAUUGCUGAUAACAUUGAAGAGCAUAAUAAGGUCCUGCCAAUAGUUUUUCAACAGACGUGAGAUUGAGGUGCAUGUUCUUUCUCAAGUUUUGUUUGCCUUUGGUGUUUUUCCCCUUUUUAGUGAACAAUAUCUAGCAACAAUCUAUUCGUUGUGUGAUUCCAUUGGAAACAUUCGCGGCUUUGGGGCCUCUUUGCUGGAAGCAUAUGAACUCUCAUUUUCUCCAUACUGUCAUUAUAAGUUGUUAUGUUGUGCUGAUAAAGGGUAAUAAAACCUCGGGACUAUUCCUUUGUGAUUUACUUAUCACUGUGCAAACUGAACCUACCCCAUUCAACGCAUCAAGAUGCAUUAGUCAAGUAUGGUGAGUUGGUGACUGUUGAGUUAAUGUAAUUCCUUUUUGUCGCCCCCCAAUUACAGUGAACUACAGUAUUACACUGAAAUUUGAAUAUGCAUAUGUUCCACGUGAUUCGGCAAUCAUCUUGAAAUGUCCCUGCCAGGCUGCCACUAGUCGAAGGGUAGGGCAAUCAAUCGUAUGGAGCAAGAUCUUUCUAGUAAAAUGGGUGGUAUAAUCACACUUUUUUUGUUGUGUGCAUUGAAUGGAUAUAAAAUCACUACUACAAAAAAAAAAAAAUUAACAAUAAAAAAAAAAUUAAAAAAAAAUUAAAAAAAAUAAUAUAAAAUCACAACUAUCAAAGCAUGAUUUACUUCUAAAAUUUAAAAUUUGAAGAUCCCAGCUUAACUUCUAUAGAGAAUUGAUACGUAGUACGGAGUAUAUCACAGCAGAGAGGGGUGCGAAAUGUGUAGGGCUAAUAAGAUGGGUAAGGGGUAACAAAUGGGGUAAGUAGUUGGAUGUGAUGUGAUAUGGUAAAGGAUAAAAAAACUAUUUUGACGUAAGAAAGGUGGAAGUUAAUUUGGGGAUGGAGUAAUUAAACUCCCCAUAUUGCCCACAAUAUUUGACAUGGACAAGGUGGACAGGCGAGAAGCCCCGUUACCGCAAACUUCUGGUCAUGUUCCCCAGCGAACUCCAGCCAUGGGACAGGCGAGAAGUUCCAUAGGACCAUAACCAAAAGCACAAGCCUGAAUAAGAUAGAAGAAAACUGUUAUACGGUAUACUUCGUAUUAACUACGGAGUAAUGUUUGUCCGGUUGACCCAACAUUUAUAGGGCUGACCUUCUUGAUCUGAUUUUGACAACAUAACAAAAUGUAUCUCAAAAUAAAAUGAAUAUAUUGUAAUUGGAAACAUAAAAGGAAAGGUUUUAGCAUCAUAAUAUCCAUAACCUAAUAUAGGGGUGGACCAGUUCGGGCCCGGCCGGGCCUCGGUUCAGAAAAAUGAGGCCCGAGCCCGAACCGGUGGUGGGCGGUUCCGGGUCCGGUUCCGGGCCAGACCGGGCCGGGCCGGGCCACCCGGAUUUUUAAUUUUUUUUUCUUCUUCUCUUAUUUAACCCCCUACCCCUCCCUCUCCACCCCAAACCAUCCCAAACCACCUCAAAUGGCCCAAAAUACCUAAUCCACCCCAAAACUUAAAAAAAUUUCCCCAAAAAAAAAAUUAAAUUCCGGCCCGAACCGGGCCCGGCCCGGCCGGGCCGGUUCACUAAACUGGAGGCCCGGGCCCGGACCGCUAUACCACCGGGCCGGGAGGCACGAACCGGUUCACCGGGCCGGUUCGGGCCCGCACAGUAGCGGGCCGGUCUGGUUCCGGGCCGGUUGGCCCGGCCCGAGUCCAUCCCUAACCUAAUAGCAUACCACGACAGAUUACAAUGGCCAAAACAGCAACGUUAGUUUUAUUAAAUAAAACCUUGCAAAGUGAGGAAAGAUCAUUGCCGAAUUACGAAAUCGGAUAGGGACAAAACAAUCUGCGUCAUUAAUUCAAAUUCAACUAAAUUCAAUUCAAUUUAAUUUCAAAACAAUCUGCAUGAUUGACGAAAUGGAUUUAAUUUCAAUUCAAUUCAAGUAAAUUCAUAAUUGAUACACAUAAGCACAUGGAAUUUACCUUUAAAAUAUUUGUGUUGG